AUGAACAACUCAAAUGGCAAACAGUCUGCCACAAACAACAGCCGAAGUACUCCCCUAAACAAACCUUUGAAUGAUGUUUCAUCUAUCAGUGUCUCAGACUCUCACGCCAAAAAUGCUAAUCAGUUACUCAAUGCUUACAUUUAUGACUUUUUAGUCAAGAGUAAGCUACCACAAACAGCCAAAAUAUUUGUCAAUGAAGCGGAAAUACCAUCAGUUGUUUCACCACCAGGAACUUCUCAAACGCAACAUCUGAGUCCUGGAACUGAUGCAGUAGCAACAGCAGCCAGUAAUAACAGUAAUAAUAAUUCGCAAAAUAGGCAACCACUGCAAUCACCACUGCAGAUGAAGUUUUAUAAGGACCAUGAUUUACCAAAGAUGAACUUGGCAAUGGAUUCUCCACAAAGCUUUCUAUUUGAAUGGUGGCAAAUGUUUUGGGAUAUAUUUCAAGCCAAGAAUGGAGGUGGGCUUGGUGGUUCUAAUGCAACUGCAGCAGCAGCAGCAUCCUCUUCUUCUCCAUCGUCAUCAACAGCUGCUCAAGAUCAAAAUGGUGGUAAGUCAAACUUAGCAUUGAAGUAUUAUCAGUUGCAAUUGUUGAAACAAAGACAACAGCAACAGGAAUUGGCAAUGGCCGUCCCGGCAUCCAUGUCUAGUUUCCAACAACAACAAGCGUUACAAGCAAUGCAAGCACAACAAGCACAACAAGCACACCUUGCACAACAAGCGCAACAAGCUCAUCAAGCACAACUAGCCCGGCAAACACAACGAGGUGGUGCACCUUCGCAGUUUCAACAGCAAGGUCCUUUACCACCACAACAAGCUCAAUCUGAGUCACAAACACAUGCUCAAGCGCAAAUGCAGGCACAAGCGCAACUUCAAGCACAGGCACAGGCACAAGCUAGAGCGCAAGCACAAGCACAAGCACAGGCACAAUCGCAGCAAGGUAACUCCCGCCCCCAGCCGCGAACCGGCCAGCAACAGAGUGGUCCAAAUACCCCCUUUCCCAAUCCACAACAAUCUCAUCGCCAGGGCAAUAAUCCACAACAACCAACUGGACUUGGUGGUCCAGCAGCUGGUCCGACAGGUACAGGAGGCGCUAACAGAGUGCAACAAAGUGGAUCUCAACCACCAUCAGCAACAUCAGCAAAUUUCCCAAAUAUGAACCCUGGUGUUGGCCCUGGCCCUGCUUCUGCUGCCCAACAACCUAUGUUUCCUGGCAACCAACAAUUUUCAGCGCAACAACAGCCCCAACAAUUGCAGCAAGGCCCUUCUUCGCAAGGUGCACCACCACCACAUCAACAGCAGCAGCAAUUUCCAAAUACAGCCAAUCCCCAAUUUGGCAACAAUCUUUCCAUCGAUCAACAAAGGAUGAUGAUGCUAAUGAAACAGCAAGCUGCGUCAGCAGCGGCAGCAGCUCAAAGACAAAUUUCAAUGAAUAUGGGAGGUGAUUUGCGCCAAGACCCGCUGCAACAACAACAACAAGCGUUGCAAAAUGCAAACAUGACGGGUGGGGGUAGCCCCAUGAAUAUGAGCUUUCAGCAGGAAAUGUUUAUGCAACAACAGAUGAAUCAACAACCUCAAACCCAACAACAGUUGAAGAACUCGUUACAACAACAAGCACAAAAUCAGAUGAAUACUUUGCGUCAACAAGCGCAGCAGCAACAACCACCCCACCCAAUGAACGCUGGUAAUAAUAAUGGUCCAUCUGCGCAAAACUCACCUGCUGGUCCUUGGCAACAACCACCAGGCUCACGUGGCCAGGGGACACCAUUUGCUAGUGGGCCACGAACCAAUCAGUUUAUACCACCAGGUCCGGGUCCAGGUUCGGGUCCAGGUCCAGGUCCAGGUCCGGGCCAGGUCAAUGGCACUGCCCCCAACACAAACAAUGCACCGGCACCCCAGGGACAGAAUCUCAAUCAAGGAGCACGUGGUCAAGCAGGUCCUCGAGGAAAAGGAGCUGGCUCGAAUGGGAAACUAGCCAACGCCAAAGCACAACCACCAGGAGUUAAUGCCCCUAAUGGAAGAAACAGCAAUGCAUUACAAGAUUAUCAAAACCAGCUUAUGUUAUUGGAGAAGCAAAACAAAAAGAGAUUAGAAAUUGCACGAAACAGUGGAUCCGACACCAAUUUGUUGGCAUCGAACGCAUCGCCCUCUUUGCAACAACAACAACAACAACAACAACAACAACAACAACAGCAGCAGCAGGAUAACAACGCAGCAAAUAAUCAAUCAUCAUCCCAAGGCACUCAAUCGCAAUCACUGCAUACAACACCAGCCAUGUUUAGCGCACCUCCACCUCAAUUCAAUCAAAAACCAUCACCAGCAACGACAAACAGUUCCCCAUUGAUUAAUAACAAACCGUCACCAGCAAUGGGGAAUAAGAAACCCAAAAAGGAACCUAGUGGUAGGAGAAGUAGGAAACAGAGUGUUGCGUCAACACAAGCGAGCACACCAUCAAAUACUGGUGUUGAUAGCAAACAACAACCAAUUUCAUCAUCACAACAACAACAACAACAACAGCAGCAGCAGCAGCAACAACAGGGUCCAUCCACUUUGUCACAAAACCAGCCACAACUUCAAAGACGUGGUUCUUAUACGCCAAAUAUCGGAAGAAAGGAGUUUACUCCACUUACUCCAGUUAGUGAACCGGUAAUUGACAAUAAAAAGAAGCGGAAGAUGAAUACUGUUGCUGAAUCGCCUCGUAAUAAACAGAGAGCAACCACGGCACAGAACUCAACUGGCGAGUCCAAAUCACAAGCUCAAGCUAGUAACAUCGGAGGUCCAGCAAGAAAAAAAGCAACAAGGGGAGGCGCGAAACCAGAAGAGAAACCCACUGUCAGCUCUACUACUGCUUCCACCGCUGGCACUACUGCAAAUAAGACUAAUACUGAUAACAACAAUGCCAAUUCCAAUCCAGGUACUGGAGAACCCAUCCUAAAGAAUGACUUUGAUGACUUCAACGAAGCUUUUGUUGCGUCUGCAGCACCAACACAUUCUUCAUUUGCUGAUGACCAUUUAGGUGGUGCAUCAUCUUCGUCAAAUGCAACGGGGCACAAUUUCUUCAAUGUGGAUUUGUUAUCGGAUACGCAUAUCCAUAAUGCUCCUCAUGGUUCAACGAACAAUGGUCUUGGUGGUGGUGGCAACGGCAACAACACGGGCAAUGCUAUUGCUAGUGGAGCCACUGCUGCCACUGGAUCUGGUGGUGAUGGUGGUGAUGGUGGCAAUGACGCCAAUGACGGCACUGCUAGCAUCAAUACUGAUUUGUUUGGCGGAGCUGUUGGAUCCGGACUCAAUUCGGGUGCGUUUGAUAAUAUUGAAUUUGAUAUAAACCAGUUGUGGGGUGAUGAACAUGUUGUUGAUCUGGGGUUGAACGAUGAUCUUGGAUUUAAUUGGAAUGUGGAUGCUAUUGAAAAUGGCGACUAG